AUGUCCAAUAAACAAAUGAAGGAUACAAACGAAGAUAUGAUUAUGAAAGCUAGGGCGUUCUCUCCAAGCGACGCGCAGGGUGUAGACCUCCAUCCUGUGAAAAGUAAAAUAAAGGUCAAAGCAAAGAAAACAAGGUUAGCAAGUUUGAAUAUUGGCACACUUAAAGAUAAGACGAGAGAAUUGGCAUCAAUGUUGAACAAGAGAAAAGUUGAUAUAGCGUGCAUACAAGAGACGAUAUGGAAAGUAUAUACUCCUCAAACGGGUUGCAAAGAAGAAGUGAAAGAUGACUUUAGAGCUAUCCUUGAUGAUGCUGUAAUGGAAAUCUUUAAGGAUGACCUAGUCAUAAAAGGUGGUGACUUAAAUGCGCAUGUGGGAAAAGCAAGAGACAGCUACGAAAGGCAUCAUGGUGGUUUUGGAUAUGGAGAAAGAAAUAAUGAAGGAGAGCAUUGGGACAAGGAAAACCCAAAUAGAUUACAUGCUUAUCUCUCACAGAAGAUUAAAAGAUGUAAUGACUGCAAAGUCAUCCCAGGAAAAGAUAUUGCGGCACAACACAAGCUACUACUCAUGGAUUUACACCUCACAAAUAAAUCCACUCAAAACAAGAUAAAACUUGAACCAUGCAUCAAAUGGAGUAGAAUAAAAUCAAUGACAGAUGCCUUUGCAAUCAACGCAAAAAUUGAAACAAUAGAUUCCUCACAAGUCAGUGAACAGACCUUUCAUACAGAUUAA